AUGUCCAGUGAUACGGAGGAGGAGUCCUCAGAGCCCAGCACCGUGCCCAGCAUCUUUGGUGAAGAGGUAUUCACCAGGCAGUACACCAUCCUGAAGGCCUUAGGCCAGGGUGGCAGUGCGAAGGUCAUGCUGGCCCUGCAUCGUCUCACAGGUGCCACAAUCGCUGUGAAAGCUCUGGUGAAGCAGGAGAAGCGAUGUGAGCCGCCAGCGUCUGAAGUCGAUAUCAUGAGGAUGCUCAGACAUCCUAACAUUGUUUCCCUCCUGCAGGUGAUAGAAACAGAAUGGAACAUUUAUUUAAUUAUGGAAGUGGCUGAGGGAGAACAGCUAUUUAAUCGCAUCCAGAAGUCUGGAUGCCUGAAGGAAGAUGAGGCUAGAAGCAUAUUAGUUCAGCUGUUUAGCGCCAUAGGCUACUGCCAUGAUGAAGGCGUCGCUCAUAGAGACCUAAAGCCUGACAAUGUCAUAGUGGAUGAGCACGGAAAGGUGAAAAUUAUUGACUUUGGCCUAGGUGUCAGAUUCAGGCCUGGGCAAAAGCUGGAAAAGCCAUGUGGCGCCUUCCAGUUCAUUCCUCCUGAAGUCUUCCUGGGCUUCCCUUAUGAUGGCCCCAAAGCAGAUGUCUGGACCUUGGGGGUCCUCUUAUAUUAUAUGGUGACAGGGAUUGUCCCAUUUGCAGGGGACACCUUGUCAGAACUCAGGGAACAAGUUCUGCACGGGAGGUAUGACAUCCCCUAUCAGCUUUCCAAAGACUUAAGGAGCAUGAUCAGCCUAUUACUAACAGUGAAUUCGAGGCAGAGGCCAACUGUGCGGGACCUCAUGGGUCACCCAUGGCUUCAGAAAGGGGAAAAGAUGUUUACAAUUCAUUGCAAUGGAGAUACCAGCUGCCCAGACCUUGAAAUUAUGGCAGCCAUGCAAAACAUUGGGUUUGACGCCCAGGAUAUAAGACAGUCUUUAAAACACAGGAAAUUCAAUGAAACCAUGGCUGUAUACUACCUAUUGAGGUAUCAGGCAUGCCAGGACAAUGACAGUAAUGUCCACACAAAGGUAAUGAACCCAGGGACGACACCUUUCCCUUCCGUUGAAGACCCUGACAUGUUUUCCCUGCCCCUCAGGAGAAGGGCCAGUGAACCUUCUCUUCGGAUAUUAGUCUCACCCACAGAAAUCUCUGAUCAGAGUCAAAGGAAGGAGAUGGAUGACCCUGACCUGCCCGAGAAGACACCCAAUCUGGGCAGAAGUCACAAGCGCUCUAUGACUGCGCCGUGUAUUUACUUACCAAGAGACAUUGUGAUUGAUGUGGAAGACACCAGCUUCUCCAGUAGCUCCCAGUCAGAAAAGGCCUCAAGUGGUCCAGAACAGAGCAGAACUUCAACCUCAAGCUCCCUGCAGCCCAGGGGCUGGGCAGGAUGGAAGAAGAGGAUUCUGGCAUGCAUCCUCAGACUAUGCUGCUGCAUGUCACCACACAAAAGGUGUCCAAGGAAGGUGUACCCCCCAAAGUGA